AUGGAUCAGGACCUCGCGACCCCCGAGGAGGUGCAGAGCCUCGUGGCGGAGCUGACAGCCGCCGCUCAAAAUUACUCCUCCGCACCUGGAUACGAAGGGCACAUGGCCAGAGCCGAAAUCAUAUCUAGAGCUGAGAACCUGAAAAGAGCUUUGAUCGGUCCAUUCCAGGCCCCUACCUAUCAUGGAUUGAAUAUCGCAGAGCUUGUGGCUAUCCGGACCUUCAUGAAGCUUGGCGUGCUCCAGGCUAUCCCUCAUGAGGGAUCUAUACUUCUGGACGAGCUCUCAGAAGCGACAGGAGUACAAGAAUCUCUACUUGAGCGGAUGGGACGGUUGUUAGUUGUUGCUGGUUUCCUCGGCCAGACUCGAUCUGACGGUCGUGACUUUGCACACACAAAGUUCUCUCGAGGUUACAUCACCACCUCUCCCAGUCCCGGUCAUCUUUUCCAGGUCAUGUACGACGAGUGGUUCAAAAACAUGCACAACUUCGAUGAAUAUGUCGUUACUCAUGGCCCGCGAGAGCCCCAUGACCCGCUCUCUAAUCCUUACACAUCAUACCACAAGCAGGAAGGUACCCCUGUCUGGUCCAUAAUGGAGCAGAACCCGGAAAACAUGCGGGCUUUCCAGAUCAGCAUGGCAGGGCUCGACCCGGAGAUACCAGUGACGGGACAUUUUAAUUUCUCGACGCUUCGAAACAACUCUGAGGAGUCUGAGAAUGGGAUCGUCGAGCUUGUUGACGUCGGAGGAGGCCACGGUGUGGUCCUGAAGAAGAUCCUGGACGCGCAUCCUGAGCUUUCACCAAAGCAUUGCAUCCUGCAGGAUCGUCCAGAGGUGAUUGAGCUAGCCAAAUCAAGUGGAAUAUUGCCAAAGGAGACGACGAUGAUGGCUCAUGACUUUAUGACCACCCAGCCGGUCAAAGGAGCCAAGGCAUACUUCAUGCGUAUGAUCCUUCACGACUACGGUGACAAGGUUGCUACGCAGAUCUUGUCGCGCUUGGUAGAGUCAAUGUCGGCCGAGUCGCGCGUGCUUAUCUGCGAGAUGGUACUUCCUCCGCGGGUGGACCAAGGCACGUUUCCAUAUGCUGUGCUGGAUCAGAUCGUGAUGACCAUGGGCGGGAAGGAGAGGAAGGAGUCAGACUUUGCUAACAUUCUUGAUGCUUCGGGACUCGAGCUGGUUCAUAUCUGGAGGGUGUUUGGGGUGCCCGGGGCUUGCAUUGAAGCUCGGCUCAAGACGUGA